ACUGCACGCCACCAUCUCAUCGCCCUCUCUCACUCUCACAUAACCGCGCAUCAGAAUCUCAUCCUUUGCGCAGUAGAGGCCGGUCGUCAUUCAUCAUCUUCCUCCACAUUAAAACCAUGGCUGCGGAUAUAUUUGUGGAACUCUAUUAAUGGGUGAUGUUAAAGUGGACAGAUCUGUUCAACCAACAGCUCAUCAUCUUCCUCGCCGCUGACCCAGGGAGCGGCAGAAUGAUAACAUGAAUAACAGUGAGAAGCAAAAGGGAUGUGGCGAUAGCUUCUUCUUCUUUAAAGUUGGAGUAGGUGGGGGCGCAUUUUGGACGAUUUUAUGGCUAAAAUCCACUGAGAUUAAAGAGGAGACAACGAAAGCAACUUAUGAGGAGAAAAUUUGGAAUGGAUAACAUGAACAACAAGAGAGCACUAGAUUUGAUUAAUCAGAUUUAAGGAACUCAUCCAUGUUCAUUUGUCCUUAAUUAAAGAGGACAAUAGGGGUAUUUCUCUAAUCCUAAAUCUUAUUACUUCAACUAUGAAAUACAUCAUCAACAAUGUUCACUCUAUACCAGCACAAAGACCCAUCACAAGGUUAGUGAAAAAGGAUUUAUAAAUUCUAACUAUUUUUUCAAUUCCUUUUCUGUUGCUAAUUUAGCCAUUUAGGAUUAUUGAGAUCCCCCUCCCUUCUUAAUUGAAGAAAGUUGGCUGCCAUUUUUCUCAAUAAGUUCUCCUAACAAUAUGGAGAAAUAAAAUCAAAGUAGAUAGUUUUAAGACGACAAGAAGAUAUGAACGUUAUCGGGGGGUUAUUGAAGUGGUGUUUGAUUGUCUUUUAUGCUCAAUUUGUAAUUGUCACCACCUCAAGUCUAUAAGGAGAUGACUUUCCAUUACUGAAGUGAUGUUUGACUAUAUUUAUGCUCAUUAUAAGACUAUUUUAAUUUAUACCAUAUUUUAGUAUAAUUACAAUCACACUAAUGAGGUUUGCAGAUGAUCAAAGACCAUAGUUUCUGCUAAAGGAAAGUCCCGAUGGAGCAUGAGAAAACAUACAAGAAUCUUUAAUAUAAUGAGCAACAGAUCAUAUGUUUUUUUUCUAUUUGGAUUGCUAAGACCCAAAGCAAUUUCUUUUUAUUCCUUACUAGAUUCUUUUUUGGAUUAGAAGUAGAUUUAAUAAAGUUACUGCAUCCACUAGCUUUGAUGGAGGGAGUAUAUGUUAUCACGUUGGUUCAAAAGCAUUUUCUGAGAAACACUUUGCAGUGAACAACUAAUGUAAUAUUAAAAGUGAGGUAUAUGUAGUUUUAAAGAAAUGAGUGAUACAAUGAUGGUGGAGUAUUUUAGUUGAUUAGAGUAAGGAUCCAGCUGCUGAGACAUACAGUGUAUGCAUUAAGCCUGUUUUUCAUCACGCAUGGUCUGGGCAGCAUAUUUAAGUCUGUGGAAACUUAUUAGUUUUAUUCUGCUCUUAGUGUAUUUUUUAUAGAUUAGUACGUGGCAUAUGUUUUAAAAGACUUGAUAAGUGUAAAACUAUGCAUUGCUCACCCAAGAAAAUGCUCAUCAUUUCCAUUAUCACUACUAUGGCCCCCAGGACACUAGCUAGCAAAGUGCAACCGGUAGGGGAGGUGGAAGAGGACAAGAGACUGCCCUCAAUAUCCUCGGAGCUUCUUGAACAUGACAUUGAAAUGGUCAUAAGGGAAUCAACUCCUUCAAGUCAGGGGCAGAAUUCUAUUUUAGAAGGUCCUGUGGAAGACAUUGAAGAAGCAAAAAGGAAGCCAUCAAUCUCCUCAGACCUGCUAGAACAUGACAUUGGGUUGGCUACAAGAUCAGAACAGGGUCAUUACUCCUAUUUGGACUCGAAUGGGGAGAUCGAUGAAGAAACUGAAACUCUCUUCCAACCAGUCUUCCAAGUAUAUUUUGAAGCUCUCUUUAAGGAAGUUGAGAACCAAUUGAAAGAGGCAUUGGCAAAGAAAGUUUUAUUCGAUGAUCUCAAGAAGGGAUUACUUCGAAACCAACAUGGAAAAGCUUCACGGGCAACUAGAGAAACAGUUAGAAGCAUGGAGAUUGUGAGCAUGAUAAACAUAGAGGGAGCUAAAUAUCCUGUAUUUCUAUCUUGUUCUACUGCAGAUAAAGACACUGUAGCUGAAUUUUUUUCAGUCCUGGGCUUCUGGUUGGCAGUAAACUCUAUGCUGCAGUCUCCUCAGCUUCUUGCUUUUGGGAAUGGUUCAGUUGAUUUUCUGUACCAAUAAACUCGAUUAAAACCAAUACUUAGUUUUUGGCCAUGUAAAUUAUUACACAUAAUUGUUUUCAUGAUUUACAUAUUUUUGUGACCGAGAUAACAACAUUGAAAAAACGAAUAUUUCCUUUAGACAAAGAAUCCACAAUAUUCUUUCGGUACUGAUGCAUGAUUUUUUCAAUAAUAUCUUCACCGAAAUGAGCAAGAAGCAAUGGUUCUGACACUGCUCUCAUACACUUGGCAACAUUGUAUCCUUCUUCUUUGCAUCCAUUUUCGUCCGAAAAUUGAGAAGGAUCCCAAUGAACAUAUGUAACUUCCAAGGAGUUGAUAGAAAAGGACCCUUCAUUUUCAACGAUGUACUUCACUUCCGUCGGAGAUGGUGUGUACAAAGGAAUGUUGAAUGAAUUUAAUUUAUUUUCUUUUAUCAAUCCCUGCAAUGAUUUGUUGUCACUAAUAUAUAUAUAUAUAUAUAUAUAUAUAUAUAUAUAUAUAUAUAUAUAUAUAUAUAGAAAAUUACACUGUGGUACCCACGUUCUAGUAAUAACUCACAGGUCUCACGUUAUCUAAAAUAUAUUUCGGGGUACCGUUGAUCUUCUAGUAAGAACUCUUAGGUUCCACACUAUCCAAAAUAUAUAUUGGGGUCCUUAAAAUUAGUGGUAAUGUUACUUGAAUCGUCAUUGUUUUACUGGAUCUAAAAAAUCCUUUAAUUUGUCAAAGUAAAAGAACUACUAGUCAAAAUAAAAGAACUUUCAAUCGUAACAUCUAAGUGAACAUAUUGUACCCUCGGAGUAUAAAAUCACAAACUUUAAGGAUCUUAGAGUAUAUUUUAGAUAAUGUAGAAACUAAAAGUCUUAACUAGAAAAUUGAGAGUACUCUAGGGCAUAUUUCAGAUAAUGUGAGACCUGAGAGUUAUUAUUAGAAAAUUAAAGGUAUCCUAGAAUAAUUUUCUAUUAUUUAUCCUCUAAUAGGAAUUUGUCAGUGUAAAUGGUUGCAGUUCAAAUGGUGGCAGUGUGUUGAUGAUGUGUGGUGGUGGACCAUUGGUCAGCAUUGGUCAACACUAGCGGCGGAGCUCAGUGACAGUGGAGCAUGAGAGUUUGCAGUGUGGCAGUGGCAAAGUGAAUUCUUAUUCAGGUCACAAAAAGAAUUAUGCUCAUAUUUUAAUAUUUCCAUUUUUUUAAAUUCCUUUUAGGGAGUUCUUCCAUUUGUAAAUGUGCAUAAGCUAAUUUUAUGAUGCGUAUCUUACAUAUAUGUUUAAAAAAUAGAUGUGUUCUUUUUGUUAUGCCUAUUCUUUAAUUUUUAUUGAAUUGUGCCGCAUGGGUGAUUAGAUGGUCCUUAGUGAGAAUGCCAAGCUCGAGAUCUCAAGAUCGAAUUCCGGCAGCGACCUAUGAGAGUUUUGUUCAAUGUAAUAACUAUUUGUGUGCACCCGCUAGGACUUAACAUAGAGCCCUUUCAGCCAUAGUUUUCAGAACCGGACCGGUGAUCGAACCGGUCAAGGUACUGGUUCACUGGUUUA